CACCACCUUCUCUGUCUCUCUCCCUCUCUCUCUCUCUCUGUCCUAUGCUGUCUCUAUCUCUCUCUGUUCCUGCUGAGCUCUCUCAGUUCAGUCCCCCCUCCCUGUUAUCUGUCUAUCUCUCUCUCUCUCUCUCUGUCCCUCUCCCUUUCUCGCUGUUUCCAGACCAUCCAGCAAGACUAAUAGGUCCUUCUAGAGCUCACCUCCUCUCUCCCGUAGUCACACAGAAAGUUCUGGAAAACGGCCGGAAGGCGGUGCCUGCUCACCCACCCCAAGCCGAGGGCCCCCAAAUCCGGCUUCGCUGAGGAGCAGAGGCCAGUUGUCGGGACUACUGAACUGACCAAGCGGGCGGAGAGCCACUGGAGUAACCAGACACACACACACAGACAGACAGACACACUCACUGAGAGAGAGGUUAACCUUCAGCUGAGGCAGACAUGGCUUUGUUGUGCUACAACAAAGGUUGUGGUGAGAAGUUUGACAACGACAAGAAUGCAGAUGAUGCCUGUCUCUUUCACCCUGGAGUGCCCAUCUUCCACGAUGCACUAAAGGGGUGGUCUUGCUGCAAGAAGAGGACAACAGACUUCUCUGAAUUCCUGUCUAUUAAGGGAUGCACCCGCGGGCGCCAUAGUAACGAGAAGCCCCAAGAGCCUCUGAAGCCGGACUUGGUGUCAGAGAAGGGUGAUCAGAAACAGAAGAAUGGCACAGAGAUCAUCUACCAAGGGCCCAAGUCUGCCGAGGCGAUGCAGAAAGAGAGACCCAGUUCAGAUGAGCCCAAGUCUAAGUUGGCGGUGAAGGUGGCUCCUUCUCUGACUCAGCUCCUGGAGAAGAUGGAGAUUACCCAGAAGGAAGAGGCCAAAAAACAAGAGUCGCAAGGUGUGAUGUACGGCACCAAGUGCAAGAAUUCUGGGUGCAAAAUGUCUUACGAGGGCCCAGAGACAAACGCAGAGGGGUGCACACACCAUCCUGGAGGCCCAGUGUUCCAUGAAGGAUACAAAUACUGGAGCUGUUGCUGCAUAAAGACCAUCGACUUCAACGCCUUCCUGGAUCAGAAGGGCUGUACAAUAGGCAAGCACAGCUGGGUCCCCAAACAGGACAAGAAGAAGGUGGCGUGCCGCCAUGAUUGGCAUCAGACUGGCGCACAGGUGGUGGUUACCGUCUACGCCAAGAACUCCAACCCCCAGCAUUCAUACGUGGAGGCCAAUGGCACUGUGUUAACUUGUCACAUCCAGUUUGAGAACGAUAAGAUUUUCCACAAGGACUUCCACCUCUGGGGGGUGGUGGAUGUGGGGAGCAGUAAUGUCAGCAUGCUGCCGUCUAAGGUGGAGGUGACACUGCGUAAGGCCAAUGCCGUGUCCUGGGGGAAGCUGGAGGACCCCAACUUCAUACCAGAGCCCGAGCUCUUGGACACGGAGACGGAGAGCGAGCAGACGCGCCCCGACUGGGACAUCGACGAUGACGACAUCAGUGAGUCGGACUGGGAAGAUUCGGACUUGGAGGAAGAAAUGAAGAAGACGAUGGAAGAAGAGAUGAAGAAGAAAAUGGAGGAGGGCCCGCCCGAGCUGGAGGAGCUCAAAGACACGCCGGAGCUGAAGAAGUAAACAAACAAAUACACACACA